CCGUUUUACGGCCACGAGUCGACCGCCAAGUUAUGUGCGCGGUUCGUCACGCACUUGUUUGCCUGCCCCGACUACCCGCCACCGUCGACGACGACGUCGCCCUCGACGCCCUCGCCCCCGCUGGCGAAUUUUAUCGCCUACGCCCUCCACCGCACCCGACUACACUCCUCUGUCACAUUCGCCGCGCUCUACCUUCUCCAACGCCUAAAAGCCCGCUUUCCUGCCGCUCGCGGCUCCUCGGGCCACCGACUCUUCAUUUCUGCGUUCAUGAUCGCGUCCAAGGUUAUCUGCGACGACACGUAUUCGAACAAGUCGUGGUGUAUAGUGGGUCAGGGUAUGUUUGCGUUGCGAGAGAUCAAUCAGAUGGAGAGGGAAAUGUGCAGCUACCUCGAGUGGGAAUUGAACGUCGAGCCUUCCCUGCUCAAGGAGUUCGAAGCCAAGGUGAAGAAGGACUUCGCUGGUGCGGGACCCUACCCGACCUACACCGUGCCGCCACCCCUCUCUCGGAAACCCUCUUCCCCCAAGCCGUCGUCGAACCCGCUGCCGCCACCACCCGUCCCCGUCCCCACCCCCUACGAGAAACCAUACCCUACCACCCCACCGCUCACCCCCGACACGCCCUCUUCCAUGUACUCCGACUCGUCCUCGCCCAUGUCCUCCUCGCCGCCGACGCCGCCGGAUGGCGGCGAUAUCAUCAUCGACCGCAAGCUGCAGCUUGUCUCCGACGCGAGCGACAAGAUCCGCACGGCCGACGUCGUCAAGGCCCUACCGAAGUCGAAGAUCGGGCGCGAGGCAUUCGCGUUCGCCGCGCCGGCGGUCUGGUAG